AUGGGUGAUCUGAUUCCCGAUGAAAUAAAAUACCAGAGGCACAUCCCGGUAUUCAGCCACUACAGAGCCACCCGGGAUUCGAAGAGAGUUGCCUUCCUUCAAGUCUUCCCCAACCGGUAGGCCCCUCGCCAUCCACUUGCCUGAGGACGAGACUGACCCUUGUGACUGCAGACGCUUUCGUGAUGGAUGGAAGAAACAUGCUGAUAUUCCAUCAUACGAUAGCCCCCCAAGGGAUCUAGCACGAGACAUAGCUCAGAUACGGGCCCUGCUCGAGGGCACAAUCCUGUCCCCAGAUAGGGCUGCGAACGUGCCCAGCCCUCCCCAGACAGCGAAGCAGUUGAAAGAUGCCUGCUAUGGGUGGGCCGCCACCUAUCGUGUAUUCUCAUACGAGUCUUCGGGGCACGUCAUGACCACGUCCAUCGAAAUCAACCUGUCCAAAUUGGACGUGGCGUUGUGCCUCCGACAAGGCUUAUGCGCAGAUGACAAGGAGUGGGCUUGCUCAUUUCCUCUCUCCAUUAGCCCGGACUUGGACAUGUUUACCGUGCUUCACAACCUUGUCUGUGUGAACAAUGACAAGCUCUUCCAGCAAGUCAUUUCCUUGCACGGGCCAAUCACUCACCGAUGGAAGAGCUGGAGCAAGGUGAAGAGUGAUGGGGACAGGGAACACACGGCAGCUCGAUCUGACAUAUACCGCUACCAGUUUACUUGGAGCCCAGACGGAAAGUAUCUCCUGUUUCAUGAUAUUCAGAUGCAACCAUUGGCCUGGGUUGACGACGGUACUUGUGCCGUUGUCUUCGUUAUCAACAACCGGCCUGAUGGUCGGAAGAAAGUUGGGGUGGCCAACUCCUUCGCUUCGUCUUCGUUCAGCAGUGGGCUUCAAGACUGCGAGUUUCAUCCCACGGAGGAUUUGCUACUUUUUCGAGACGAGCUACAAACGUAUCUCUGGAGGUUUUUGAAAGGUGAGCGUCUUAUGUGCAAAGACUCGGAGUGGCCAUGUUUCUGA